GGAUAAUAAUAUUCUUAUAAAUGUCGACAGUAAAGAUUACCAUGCUUGGCGCAGGCCAAGAUGUUGGUCGAUCUUGCGUGGUUGUUACAUUUCCCUCUAGGCGUAUACUAUUCGAUUGUGGAGCACACUGCGGUUUCAUUGAUCACCGUAGGUAUCCAGAGCUGCAACUGUUAGGAGAUUCUCGCAAAUAUAACACUUAUUAUCAUGAGCAUAUGCGCUCAAUGGUGGAAGGUGAUGAAGAAGUCAAGUCUGACCCUGGUUCUUCAGAUCGGGGGUCAAGCCCUGAUGGUAACAAUAUGACACCACGCGAACGAAACUACAAUGUUGCAAGUUCCAUGAAGUAUGCAUUGAAGAAGUCAUUGAACGAUAUUACUAGCAAUAUUGAUUGUGCUAUCAUAUCGCAUUUUCACUUGGAUCACAUAGGCGCAUUACCUUUUUUAACGGAGCACCUAGGCUACAAGGGUCCAGUAUUUAUGACCUAUCCUACAAGAGGACUUGGGCCGAUCAUGCUUAGGGAUAGCGCCCAGGUGGUAACUAGUAGAUUCCGUGAUGCUAUAGAAACUGAAAGUUCAACUCGUGGUGCCAGCAUUUUGCUAAAUCGCAAUAAAAAGCGCAAGCCGCUUACCGCCGAGCAGCUUGACCGAUUUGACCCUUGGGGGUACACCGUGGACUGUGUCGCUGACAGCUUGUCUCGUGCUCAUGUAAUGCAAUUGAAAUCAUCUCAAACUCUAGGGAACAUGCGCAUUACGCCAUAUUAUGCCGGACAUGUGCUUGGAGCAGCAAUGUUCUUAGUGGAAUGUGACGGUAUAUCCGUGCUAUAUACAGGGGACUUCAACAUGACCCCUGACAAACACUUAGGCCCUGCUAGAGUUCCUUCCCUGAAUCCCGACAUAAUGAUAUGCGAAUCAACAUACGCCUCGAUUAUACGUCAGGCAAGGAGGUCAACUGAAAUGGAGCUAUGUACAGUCGUACACGAUUGUCUUCUUGCAGGGGGCAAGGUACUUAUACCGGUAUUUGCGGUUGGAAGAGCACAGGAACUAGCUAUUAUUCUUGACACUUAUUGGUCUAAACUGCAACUUAGGUUUCCUAUCUACUUCGGGGGUGGCCUGUCCGAACGAGCUACAAGUUAUUACAAGCUCCAUUCUCUGUGGACCGAUUCUAGAAAUAUCCCAAACAUGGGAGAUAAUUGCUUCUCUCUUGAGCAUAUGCUACCUUUUGAGAAUAGCUUUUUGACCGAGGAUCGCCCUAUGGUGUUAUUCGCCACGCCUGGAAUGGUACAUUCCGGACUAUCACUAAAAGCGUGCAAGCUCUGGGCUCCAAAUCCAAAAAAUUUGAUAGUGGUCCCGGGAUAUGCAGUUCAAGGUACUCCUGGCAACAAGCUAAUAUCAGGUGAAAAGGUAAUCAAGACCAGCUCUGGAAGCUUUGAAGUCAAAUGCAAAGUUAGGUAUCUCUCUUUCUCAGCUCACGCUGACAGUGCUGGCAUCAUGCGGCUCAUCAAACAUGUUCAACCAAAGAAUUUGGUAUUAGUUCACGGUGAAUAUGAUGGUAUGAAGAAGUUUGCCAAGCAUGUGAACAUGGAUGUCAACAUACCCGUAUUUCAUCCAGCCAACGGUCAAGAAAUAGCUGUGACAUUAGCUCAAACUGAGGACAUGGUACCGGUUUACCAUUAUCCCGAGCUUAACAUCGAGGUGGCUGGGCUUACGUUGCGCGCCACCACUCAGCAUGAUGACCCUUUUGAUUUUGGUAUCAAGCAUCUAGAGCAAGCUCCUGAUCAAAUACCUGCUAUACUGUUGCACUCAAUCCCUGAUGAGGUGCAACGAGUAAAAUCAGAGGAAAGUUCAGCAAAUACGCCUUCACUCUUUGAUGAUACCUCCAAGGGGGCAGCUACCUUAGAAACACGUACUAUGAAGGACGUUGCCCAAGAUCAAUACUUCGUGAUAUCUCGUAGCCAUAUGGCUUCAAUGAUAAGGGAUGGUCUUGAACAUCUCUCCAUGGCACCACAACUACAUGUACAUCGCAUUAAGCAUUGUCAAACGUUUAAGUGUGCAGAGCAGGAUUUCCUGAAUUCUACGGAAUUCAUAGCGGAACUUGUUAGCACAGAUAACAGCUAUUUCGUAGAGGAAUUACCAAUUGAAGUCAACGAACUAGACAAUGGAGAUCGCCUAUUCAAGGUGGGUUCAUUGGAAGCGCGUUACACCACUGAUGGAACCCUAACACUGGAGUGGUACCAUGAUGAAAUGAGGAUCAACUCUUUAGUAUACACUGCCGUUAAGAUGUUGCAGAGAUUAGAUCUAAACCCUUCCGGGAAUUGACAUUGAU